GCUGGACUCUCAGUCUGCCGAUGGAGUCCGUUGAGUCGGUGGCUAUAGAGCAUGGAGAUGUGUUCUUAAUUUAAAAAUUCAUUCGUUCAGGCGAACAUGGAAGUUGUUGGAAUUUUUCUACUGGUUGCGGUGCUGGCAACCUGUGUCAGCAAUGGAGACCCCAUUGAUAACACAACACUAUCACCGUUAUCCGACGGACCCUGCUCCUCACAGAGUAUCGGUGACGUGGACUUCCAGACAGUGGACCUGAUAGCGGUUUACCGGCUGGACGACCCUGACACCACUGGAGUGACCCUGGUGCAGGGCUCCCAGGACUUGCAGACAGCGUUCAGGAUUGGCGAUGGAGCCAAUCUCACUUUACCCUUACGGGAGGUGUUUCCGAACGGCUUGCCGGAAUACUUCAGCGUGGUGGGCACGUUCAACGCGCGGGGCCAGCGUCGGACCUGGAGUCUGAUCCGCGCUAGAUCUCAGACCCUCCAGUUCUCCUUGACCCUGAUGCCCAACGCGCGCAAGUUUGCCGUUUACGUGCAAGGGUCUAGGGUCGUGUUCUCCUCGCCAGAGCUGUUCAGUGCAGGCUGGCAUAAGAUACACGUGGCUAUCACAAAUGACACGGUGCACGCAGCGGUGGACUGUGUAGAGUUAGAGCCAGAGAGAAUAGCGCAACACGACUUCAGAAACGCGUCAAGUAUCACGAUAGUCACGAAUAACGACGGCAGUCCAGCGCCGAUAGACUUACAAUGGUUGUCUCUAAGUUGCAACAGGUACAACCUCACUGAAGAAAGUUGUGAAGAAAUCGACAUACCACCUGAGUAUUUAAUAUCGACCGCUCCACCAGUUAUACCGGCACCUCUCACACCUUGCAAUCAAACGUGUCCUCCUGGGCCAGAAGGUCCACCGGGACCCAAAGGUGAACCGGGGCCACUUGGAUAUACAGGAUUACCGGGAGAAAGAGGCGUUUCAGGGCCUGUUGGUCCGGUGGGGCCUAUUGGCUUUAAGGGGGAGAAAGGGGACAGAGGACUGCCGGGGAGUUCCGAGAAUGUAACUUUAGUUAUCGGUCCACCAGGAGAAGUGGGUGAGCCAGGCCCACAGGGAGAAAAAGGAGAGCCUGGAGUGAUUGGAGAACCAGGUGAACCAGGUUUAGUUGGACUUGCUGGCCUUCCUGGAAUUGACGGAAAAGACGGAUCACCGGGCCCCGUUGGGCCUAUGGGCCCUCGCGGCGAGCCAGGGCCAGUGGGCCCGCCGGGAGCGCCCGCUGUCAACGUUCCAUUCAAACUCGGUACAAAAGGAGAACGAGGUGCCCCUGGAAAACCAGGUCGGGAUGGAGAGCCGGGGUCAACAGGGCACCCUGGAUUGCCUGGACAAGUUGGUAUGCCAGGCCUCCAGGGCUCCCCUGGUAUUCCCGGGGUGCCCGGAGAGAGGGGCUCCACCGGACCGCAGGGCCUGACAGGAGAAAGAGGUCCUGAGGGACCACAGGGUCCCGAAGGACGACAAGGUUUACCAGGCCCCCCUGGCCCUCCUGGUGCAUCAGUCACGACAACGGGAGUAAGUGCACCUGGAGCGCCCGGAUCGCCAGGGGAAAAAGGACCUAAAGGAGAUCCUGGUAUUCCUGGUUUUCCUGGCAAAGAUGGUCUGGACGGACUACCGGGCGCGCCUGGACAAAGGGGCUUACCUGGUUUGCCUGCUCCCAUUAGCUCUAUCGUUCAGAGCCCAUCAAUAUCUGAAGGUGACGUAAGAAAUAUUUGUGAGGAUUUGAUCAGAGCACGAUUCCAAGAAAUGGCAGCCAACCUGAUCGUACCAACACUAGCUCCAAGCGUCGGUCGCAGGGGUCCACCUGGGCGACCCGGACCUCCUGGCAACCCUGGGUCACCAGGUGAAUCAGGUUCACAAGGACCGCGAGGUUACCCUGGCGAGACUGGUGAGCCUGGCAGACCCGGAGCUGCCGGGCCUAGAGGUGAUAAAGGUGAUAAAGGUGAUCGAGGGCCUGACGGAGUGGGCCUUCCCGGGCCUGAGGGACCUGCUGGGUUACCAGGUCCGAUGGGUCCAGCCGGUCCUGAAGGAAGAUCCGGUCCCAGAGGAGAUCCGGGAAGAAACGGUGCAGCUGGUCCUAGAGGAGUGCCUGGACCUCGAGGGAGCUGUGAAUGUCCUACGGUUAGCUAUCCUGGGGUCCAAUACUAUGCCUAUUCAGCGCUGGGCAAUAAUAAAGGACCAUAGAUUAUAGACUCUAGCUAACUUAAAAUCAACCCAAUUGGUUAAGGAUUUUUAGGAAUUGUAAAUAUUAAGGUCAAAUUGUUUUAAAUACAUGAAAUUUUCUACCCAUUUGCUGUAUUCCUUAAGUUUAAAAAAUGGAUUUUUUUUAAGAUUAGAUUUUCGAUGUGAUUAAAGUUGGCAACUGUAUGAUAAUUGUACUUAAAAUCUUUGUGAAUAAAGAAGCUUCAAAUAUAAA